AUGAAGAAGUCUUUCGGUUCCCCCCCUCCAGCUGCCCGUCGUCGCACAACCAGCCCUGGGACCAUCGCCGGCCGCAACAUUCCGGACCUGGGGUCUCGCAAGGGCUCGUCGAACCACGCCCCUGAGGGCAGCGAGGACCGCGAUUCUGACGUUCUCACCCAGAGUGUGCGAUUCGACCCAAAGUCGAUCCGCUCGACUUCCACGCCUGCAUCUGGAUCCGAGGAUUCUGUCGGUUCGGCCAGUGGCCAGGAGUCCGAAGGAGAGAGCGCUGGAGAGGGCGAUGAUGGGGAAUACGACUGCCACGUUCAACCCAAGAUCUCCAACAAGUUCUCUCAUAGUUCGGUGUCGUCACCCUUUUGCUACAUGGGUCUAGCACACGAUCUGUUACACGGGUCUAGCAUGUAG